AUGAAACUCUCAAGAAUUUUUCAUAACUUUCAAAGAAAUCAGUUCAUGAAGCUUCAAAGGAAAACAAGAGUUACCUCUUCAGUGACACUUGGUAAUAAUGUUGAAAGAAAGGUGACACUUGAGUGUUUGGUUAGAAAACUAUUUUAUAAGUUGAAGAAUUGCUGGAAACAAUCUCUUGGGUGGAAAAGGAGGACUCCACAGUAUAGCUAUGAUCUUCAAAGCUAUUGUCUUAACUUCGAUGAUGGCAUUUCAAAUGAUUGUAUGAUUCCAUCUCAUGUUUGUUGA